AUUGAUCUAUUUCACUUUUUCUCGAGUCAAAACUAAGUGAAAUAACAUGGAGCCAUCACUUUGUGCCAAUGGUUGUGGAUUUUAUGGAUCUCCUUCAAACAAGAAUCUAUGUUCAAAGUGUUUCAACCAAUAUGUCAAAGAAAAUAUUGCUAAAUUUAGCGAGAAUGAAUCAACAUCUUCUUAUCUUUCAAAGAAUCUUAGUACUAAUGAUAUUUACGAUGGUGUGGAAGCUAUUUCUCUCAAUGACAACGAAAACAUGAAGAAGAAGAAAAAUAGGUGCAAGAGUUGCAACAAGAAAGUGGGACUUAUAGGGUUCGAGUGUCGUUGUGGAGAUGUGUUUUGUGGAAUGCAUAGAUAUCCAGAAGAACAUACUUGCAAAGUGAAUUUAAAGAAUAUUGGUCGCCAAGUAUUAGAAAAACAAAACCCUUUAUGUAUGAGUGAUAAAUUAGAACACCGUAUCUAA